CGGAAAAAAAAAUUUUUCGUCAUUAGAAGUGAAAAAAUUUUGCUUGAGCUGCACAAAAAUCGUUUGAGUUUAACUAAAACUAGGUUUUAAAAAGUUCUUUUCGGACUGUGUAGUGAAAAGUGGCGUGUCUGAGUAGUGUUAAGAAGUAAGAAGGAGAGGAUUAAGCACGGAGGAAGAACACAUAGACUGUGAAAUUAUUUAACAAGUUGCAGCGUAGUGAUAUUAUACGCCUAAUAUACAAAUUUAAAAUCAUAUUUAGUAACAAGUAUCAGAGAAGUAGGAAUCAUGGCACAGCCCGUCUGCACGCGCUUCUCCGACAAUUAUGAUUUGAAGGAGGAGCUGGGAAAAGGAGCAUUUUCCAUAGUUAAGCGAUGCGUUCAGAAGUCAACUGGCCUCGAAUUUGCAGCAAAAAUUAUCAAUACUAAAAAGUUAACAGCCCGAGACUUUCAGAAAUUGGAGCGAGAAGCUCGUGUUUGUAGAAAAUUACAGCAUCCAAAUAUUGUUCGAUUGCAUGAUAGUAUACAGGAGGAGAAUUUCCAUUAUUUAAUUUUUGACCUUGUAACUGGCGGUGAAUUAUUCGAAGAUAUUGUGGCACGUGAAUUUUAUUCGGAAGCUGAUGCAUCACAUUGCAUUCAACAGAUUCUCGAGUCAGUGCAUCAUUGUCAUGUAAAUGGAAUCGUACAUCGUGACUUGAAGCCAGAAAAUUUAUUAUUAGCUAGUAAAAUGAAAGGAGCUGCUGUCAAAUUGGCAGAUUUUGGACUAGCAAUUGAAGUGCAAGGUGAGCAACAAGCAUGGUUCGGUUUUGCUGGUACGCCUGGAUAUCUUUCACCAGAGGUCUUAAAGAAGGAACCAUACGGAAAACCUGUUGACAUUUGGGCAUGCGGUGUCAUACUUUACAUCCUACUCGUCGGUUAUCCUCCAUUCUGGGAUGAAGAUCAACAUAAAUUAUACGCACAAAUUAAGGCCGGGACGUAUGACCCCGAGUGGGACACAGUCACAUCUGAGGCUAAGAAUUUAAUCAAUCAAAUGUUGACUGUGAACCCUCAUAAACGUAUCACUGCAACCGAAGCAUUAAAACACCCAUGGAUCUCACAACGUGAACGUGUAGCAUCAGCUAUUCAUAGACAAGAAACUGUUGACUGCUUGAAGAAAUUCAACGCACGACGAAAAUUGAAAGGUGCAAUCUUAACGACGAUGUUAGCCACAAGGAACUUUUCUAGUAAAAGUGUCAUAGCUAAAGCUAAAGCUGAUGGAUCGGAUGAGAAGAUCAAGGAAUCGUCCGAUUCAUCCAACAAUAAUGACGAGAUUGAUGAUGGAGUUCGAUUGAGAAGACAAGAGGUUAUCAAAGUGACAGAACAAUUGAUUGAAACUAUCAAUCGUGGAGAUUUCAUUGGAUAUACAAAAAUUUGUGAUCCACAUUUGACUGCAUUUGAGCCCGAAUCGAUGGGAAAUCUCGUUGAAGGAAUGGAUUUCCAUAAAUUUUAUUUCGAAAAUGUGUUGGGUAAAAAUUAUCGAGCGAUCAACACAACAAUCCUUAAUCCUCAUGUUCAUUUGCUUGGCGAAGAUACAGCAUGCAUCGCAUACGUUCGAUUGACUCAAUAUGUCGAUAAACAAGGAAUUGCUCACUCGCAUCAAUCAGAAGAGACUCGCAUUUGGAACAAACGUGAUGGCAAAUGGCAAAACGUUCAUCUUCAUCGUAGCUUCCCCGUGAAUCAAACAAACGAAACACAAUUUGAUCCAAGUAAAUAAACAUGUAAGGAUAUAAACUCUAUUUGCUAAGAUGAAACUAUCUACUAAAGAAUUUGCCACAAAAACUCAUCAAAAAAAAGCUUUUUAAAAAGAUGAAAAAUUAACAAAAAGAUAAAAAAUAUUUUUAAAGAGACAAAUUGAUACUGAUGAUAAGGAACGAUGAAGCAUGUUUA